UGGGUGCGAUCGCACUGAUCAGCUGAACGCGAUCAGCCAUAAGCGCGGGCGAUCUCGUGAUCCGAUCGGGCGAGGGAGAGAGAGAGGGAGGGGAAAGAGCGAGAAGUCAGCCGAGGGCCGUCGAUGAUCCCGAGAGAAAUGACGGGAUCUCCCGUGUACGCGUGCACGCCGUGCUAGGCAUGAGAACUGGGCCACUCGGCCGCCCGAGAGUGGUUUGUUGUCGUUCCACGCGCCUUGUGAGUGCACCGCAUCGGCCCGUCGUCCUCCCGUGGCCGCGCGCGGAGGACGAGGAGGGACGCGGGAGCUCCUCCACGAGGUGCGCCUGCCUCCUCGCCGAGGAGACGCGUCCCCUGAUCCGCGGAAAAAUAUCCCCCCCCCCCCGCAGACAGGUUAUGUGAGGGCCGAGACGUGCGUCAACGAGUUAUGGUGCGCCCCCGGCCCCUCGUGAGCGUCCCGGCGGCCUAACGGAUGGAGCGGAACGGCGCCAGGGAGAUGGAGGAGCGCCGGUGCAUCCGGGACACCGGCAGGGCCCUGAAGAAGUACGGCAGCACGGCCAAGCACGUGACGCGCACCGACAGCCUGGUGAAGCACACGGUGUGCCCCGCGGACACCCUCCAGGGGAUAGCGCUUAAAUACGGAGUCACGACGGAGCAGAUAAGAAGGAUCAAUAGAUUGUGGGCGUCAGAUAGUUUAUUUCUACGGGAGCACCUGCUUAUCCCCGUCAGCGCGGACAGUCCCGCCUCGGGGUGUAACGACGAGUCGGUGGCAUCCGAGGAGCACGAUGUCCCUCCAAAUAUGUCUAGUCCUUCUUCGAUAUCGUCGUCGAUUGGCGACGAGAGCUCGGUUAACGAUUUCUUGGCUAAGAUGGAUAGCUCGAUAGCCAGCGCCAAGAGAGAGGUGAAACGCGCUCAAGGGAACAGUGAAUUCUGCACCGACGGCAAUGACGUUUACGUACAACGACGACGCGGGUCGGCCAAACUGCGAAACUCAUUUCCAACCACAUCGAAUACCUACUCGACGUCCUCCUCUGACUCCGUCAGACCCGUGUCCUCUAGUGAUAUGCAUAACUUUCCGACCGCUGUGGUUAUGACCCAAGGAAGAAGAGUAAAGACUUCCUUGCAAAGACUUGAGCAGCAGCAAGACGAGAUGUUCCAGUUAUAGCGUCUAAGUUUCAUUGGGCUGUAACAUUCUGUGUCUUGCGUGACUGUUAUUAAAAAGCUUGUAGGAGAGGAUGUACUGUAUAUCAAUGCUAAUAGGAGGUCGCUUCUCCCGUUUGACGUUGGUUGAUCCAGUUUAUUGUAGUUUGAUUUAAUUCAACUCCGCAGCGCUCUCUCUUUUUUUUCACGUCGUAAGACCGUUCGUAUCUUGUAGUAAUAUUCUUGUAUGAUAAUUGUCGUAUCCCGGUUUUACGAUCUCUUUUCAUCGUAAUGAUAUCGCGAGGAAUGGAUCGACUAACUUUUAUACGUAGCGCUGAACCAUUUUACAUAACGUUGUUUAGUGGACCAUAUGUGCCUUGAAUGUGAAACUGCGUUAUGUAAGAGUUCUCUCCGUAUUAAUCACGUAAAAAAAAAUUAAUGUAUGUUCCUUUCUUCCGAGUACUUUUAUGUUUCUUUUAGUUUAAGACACUGUGAUGAAUCGUCUAAAAAUUUGGCAAAGAGAAACCAAAAAGAGCUGUAAGAAAAGUAGUUGUUAUGUAGUGAAAAUAGAUAGUGCACAGCUAUAAAUAGGAACAAAAUGUAGAAUCUACUUGUCUGAAACGCGACUUCUUGAACAAAUUGUUACAUUUGUUAUAAUGAAAAUAUAUUUUAUUUUCUCUCUUACCAAACCUUAUUAUAAAAGUUCUUUUCACAAGUGACAGAAGGUAUAUCAUGUAUACAAUAUUUUUCUAAUAUUAAAUAUAUAUAUAUAUAAAUGUUAUCAUUGUUUACGAGGAUCCUGGUGAAAAUUGUCGCGUGUGUAAAUUAAGAAGGGGAGCUGGAUGCGCCUGACAUUAUUAAAACAUUAUGGAUUAGUUCGUUCAAUAUCAAUUCUUAGCUGGACUAAGCUCCCUACGACUAAUAUUGAAUCCAUUGAAGUAAUAUUACUAGAGUGCAUGUGUAAUUAAUUUGAAUGUACCAUAGUCAUUGUCAGUCAAAACAUCUUUCAUAAAAUAUAACACAAGGUCACAAGGAUUCAGAAAUUAAAUUCAGAAUUCACUUUAAAAGGUGACGAACAAUAUCGCUUAAUGUCGCAAAGCGAUUGAAAUUAGAAACUAGCGAUUUGAUUUAUAAUGUGAACCCUUCUACCUAAAUAUGAAGUUGGACAUUGAUAUACAUUGUACAUCAUAUCCGUAUAAUGCAUCCGAGUUUUGUACAUAAUCUAAAGAAAUCCUGUAUUUUACACUUCUUGUACAUACAGUAAACAGAGGCACUGGUUAACAAUGUUAUCUGUAAUUAAUAUCAUGCGGUACCAUUUCACUGUAAAAACAAAGAAGAGUAUAAGAUUGUUAUAUAAAUUAAGAGAUCUCUGAUACAUCCUCGCCACGUCUAUAUAUCUUUAUAUAGACACAUUAUACAUAUAAGUUGGAAAAGAUGUAAUAAAAUAAUGUAAAUAUGAAUUAAAUAAAAAAGAUCUAAAAGAUAACAAAAGUCGGACUGGUGUAUCUUUAUUUGCUACGUAACAAAUGUAAUAGAAAAAAAACUAUUUCACAUAUUAUCUAAAAUAACGAAAUUGUUCAUAGAAAUAUAUUUCCUACAAUUUUACCAACCCAAAUAGCAUACAUGUCUAAAAGAUAUUUUUAAGACGUCAUUAGGUUGUCUUUUAGACAUGUACGUCUAAAAUGUCUUAAAGAUAUCUUUGUAGCGUCUUUUAGACAUAAGCGGUGUCUGGGAAAACUAUUUACUCUUACGGAGGUAGUUCUCACAAGUACCCAUACAGCACUGAGCACAGAUGGUUGCAGUUACAUUGCAGAAACGUUGCAAUCUUGCAGAGACAUUGCAGAGAUAUGAAA